AUCGAUGUUUAAAUAUCCAGUACGCAAAGCAGCACUCUAUAUGUUUGGGAAUCUUGUGGUGUUGUUGCUGUGUUGGAGUCUGGUGCGGGAGCGACGGCCUCCCGCAUGCGUCACCCACUGUUUCCUGUGUGGCUGUGUGAUUGGGUUAACUCUUGCGCAGUUGCGUCGUGUCUUGGGGGUCGAGAAUGCAUGUGGAUGGCCUCCUGCAUAUGGCCUCAUGGAGGUCAAAGUAUUUGGGGGAACGGGGGAACUGUCGAGACACAGGGAAAUCAGAGAAGAACCGUUUGCUUUUCAUGGUCGUAGAGAUAGAUAGCAUGGCCAUGCUCAUGAGCAGAGAACUGACAACGGCGAAACAAUAUCAUCAACUAGCCUUCGUCGCUCAUAAUCAU